AUGGGGACUUGCGGCUCAGCGCAUGCGCUUGAGCAUCAGAGCAUGCGGGGUCACAGCUGGGCGCCUCUCCGAGCAAACGAUGCAGUGCGCACGCGCUUCACCGUCGACUUGAUUGCGCCACAGCUCGCCAACGCAGCUGAGCUGACGGGGCUCGCGCGUCUCACCGCACGCACGCCAUGCGCAUUCAGCGAGGAGAUCGCCCGGAUGACUUGGUUCUCGGUCACCCCACCACAUGCUGCGACCGCGCUGCGGCUCAGCACGUGUGCGCCGCAUGCACUCGAGUGGGUGUUCACACUUGUGCACGGCGAGUGCAACGCUGAGCAGCACUUGCUCAGCUGCAGUGGGGCGCUCGACGCCGACGGCGCGCACGAGGCAGGGCCCUCCUCCCCGUGCACCGAGCGCCUCGUUACAAAGCUCCCUGCAUCGCCCUUGUUCCUCGUGGCCUGGCCGCCCGCGCGCAACGCCACUUCAAAAGUGACGUUGCAUGUGCAGUACGACGUGAUCGACACGCAGCAUAUGCACAUCGCCUCGGAGGCGGCCGCGCGAAUCGGUCUCGGCGCAGCGCGCUCGCUGCCGAGUGAGUCCGUUGUCGGGGGCGCCGCGCUGCUGCUGUUCGUGCUGCUGUGUACUGCCGCGCAGUGCUGCGAGCGCCCCCUGCGCCGACGUUUGCUCGCAUCAGCGUUUGUUGCGUGGAUCUCGUUGCGCGUCGAGCGCGUGGGCGGGCUGCUCUUCGUCUCGGUGCCGCUCGUCGGCUUCCUGCGAGUCGACGUCGCUCUGCUGUCGCUGCUCUUCGAAGCCGUCUUGGGCGCGCUCCUGCACAAGUUGCACCGCCGCCUCGCGCUCACGCUCGCGCUCGUGGCGAUACUCGUCGCGCGCUUCGCCCCGCUCACGUGGUACAGCACGCGUGGGGUGCUCGCUGAGUUGCCCAGCUUGGACGCCUCGGUGCACGAGAUGGUGGAGAUGCUGCCGGUGCGUACCAUCGAGCAGUUGGCCGCGUCUGUGCUCGAAAGUCGGCCGUACUGGACUCUUGCGCACGUCGCUCAUGGCCUCCCCAUACUGCCUUACUUCAGCCUUGGCGUGAACAGCAACCAUGCAGACGACGAUGAGAGCGCGAGGCCGUUCUGGUCGCAAGCGUACGGCUUCCGCGCACUACCCGGCAAUUUCGGUGGGCGUGCUCUCGGUGUGGACGGACGCGUGCACCGUGAGACGAGCCGUGCGUUCAUGCGGGCUGCAACGUGGUUGCAAGCGCCGUUGCGCACGGCGCUUGCCGCGGCCGUCGGCGUCCCUCGCGAGCGCGUCGUCUUUGGCGGCGAGGGCGCCAUUUCGCACCUACGCGCGCCGGCCGCGCAGAUCUAUUUGCCCAAUGUGGUGUGGGCGAUGCUGCUCAACCCACACACUGAUGCGCUCCAGCGGCAGCAGCUCCAGCGCGUCGAGGGCGAGCCGUGCAACGGCUCGACGCGAACCGCCUUCCUGCUGCCGCUGCUCACGCCGCCGGGCACCGGCCUCAGCUGGUGGAAGGUCAGUGCGGAUGGCGAGGUUGUCAGGCAUCAGACGAUGUACACGCGGGGGAGCCUCUACUCAUGGCCGCUCACGCUCAAGCACGCACUCAAGCCGUGGCCGUAUGCCGAAUGGGAUAUCUCCGCCACACGCAUGACGAUGCAGGCCUUCGGCGUGCGAUGUGGCGCGUCGUGGUACUUUUAUCACUAA